AUGCCGUCGACAUCCUUCUUCGCUGCGGUCCUGGCCGCUGCGUCCGUCCUGCCACAGCUCGCUUUGGGUCAAACCAUUGACGAUGGCAGUGACACUGUCGCCGCCACCAAUGAGACUGUUGCCCCAGCCGUGGCUACCGUUGAUCCCAGCACCACGGACCUCGAUGCCGACUACUUCGGCUUUGAGGCCGCGCAGCUGACGACCGAUGUCAUCGCCAAUCUGACAAGUCUCAACCUCACCGAUGCCGCCAUCUUCGACUUCGCCGAUGGCUCCGAGGCAUCUAAGAAGCGCUCGCUUUGCACCCGCAACAGCCUGUGCAAGGUCCUGCCCGGCGACAAGGACUGGCCCAGCACCAUCCAAUGGCUGCUGCUUGACCUCCUGACCGGCGGAGCCCUCGAGAAGGGUGUCCCCUCUGCCGCCGUUUGCUACAAGGACUGGCCCCAGUACAAUGCGGCCCAGUGCGCUGACAUCACUGCCAACUGGACAUCACCUAAGUACCAAAUGGAGCAACCCACUGGCGUUGAUUUCCCUCUGUACGAGGGCGUCACCUGCCUGCCGCCUACGCUCUCCCGUACCGGCGCCAACUGCACCCUAGGUGGCUACCCAUCGUAUGUCCUCAGCGUCACCAACGUCGCCCAGAUCCAGCUCGCCUUCAACUUCGCUCGUAACCUGAACGUCCGUCUGAACGUCAAGAACAAGGGCCACGACUUCAAUGGCAAGUCCACCGGUGCCGGUUCCCUGUCCAUCUGGACCCAUCACCUCCAGGACAUCCGUUACAUCUCCAAGUACACCACCUCCACCUAUUCUGGCGCAGCCCUGAAGAUCGGUGCCGGUGUUCAGGCCGAGAAGGUGUACCAAUUCGCCGACUCCAAGGGCCUCCAGGUCGUCGGAGGUAUCGCCCGCACUGUCGGUCUCGGUGGUGGAUACAUCGCCGGAGGCGGUCAUUCUCCCUUGAUGUCCGUCAAGGGCAUGGCUGCUGACCAGGUGUUGGCUUUGGAGGCUGUGCUGCCCGAUGGCCGUUUCGUCUCUGUUGACGAGAAGACCAACUCUGAUCUCUUCUGGGCUCUCCGUGGUGGUGGUGGCAGCACCUUCGGCGUUGUCACCUCCCUCGUCAUCGCUGCCUACCCCAAGGUCAAGAUCACCACCCUGACCUACAGCUUCUCCACCAGCGACACGGUUGAUAUGGACACCUUCUGGGCUGGUGUUGAUGUCUUCUGGACCACUUUCCCCGCUGCUGCCGAUGCUGGUCACUACCGCUACUUCACCCUGCUGUGCCUGUCUGCCGACUCGUGCUCCUUCUCCAUGGGCCCUCACUGGGCCAACGGCAUGAACACUGCUCAGCUGACCGCUUUCAACGCUCCCUUCUUUGCCAACCUUAGCGCUCUCGGCAUCGAUGUCACUGACCAGGUGUACACCGAGUACGAUGGUGUCUACAACGCUUUCACCAACACCUUCGCUGAGUCCACCGAGGUCGUCGGUGGAUGGUCAUACCACACCGGCUCUCGUCUCUUCCCCCGCUCCAACUGGAACGACUCCAGCAAGCUUGCCGUCCAAUCCAGCGCCAUCAGGAAGGCUGCUCAGGAUGCUGGCAUGAUGCUCGGCUACAACUUCGCACCCGCCACCAACCCCAGCGUCAACCAGGACAACGCCGUCAAUCCCGCAUGGCGCAACACUCUGAUGCACGGCAUGCUCGGCGCCACCUGGGGCUCCGAGGCCACUCCCGCCGAGAUCGCCGCCGCCAGCAAGACGCUGACCGACCGCCUGCAGACCUGGCGUGACGCCUCCCCUGGCGCCGGUGCCUACAUGAACGAGGCCGAUAUCAACGAGCCUAACUUCCAGCAGUCCUUCUACGGCACCAACUACGACCGCCUGUACACACUCAAGCAGAAGUACGACCCCUGGGGCGUCCUGUACGCCAUCACUGCCGUCGGCUCUGAGGACUGGUACGUCACCGGCCAGAUCCCCUACUACCCCACCCAGAACGGCCGCCUGUGCAAGGUCUCAGCAUAG